AUUGUUCAUUUUAAAUACCUCUUUCUGGAGUUAAAGAGAGAUCACAUUGGAUUAUUGUUUUCAGUGUCCUUAAUUUGAAAACAGCGCUGUUUAUUUCAGAUGGUAAAAAAUUAUUGACUUAGCUAAAUAGGCCUGUUUGGAAGUCUAAACUGUCGUGGGGGUAUUAGCCUUUUCUGCCUGCAUGUGGAAACACUGUAAGAUGCGUACAUCAAUUUAACUCAGUGUCUGUGUAACGAACGUUCUUGUGAUAGCCUACAGCUGGCACAUCCUUUUAUCUGAUGAGCCGCGAGUUUCCUGUUUAGUUUAUCUGCAAUUGGCAAAUUGUUGCAAUGUUACAAGGGGACGAUGGUGUUUCGUUCAAAUGCUGUGUCACUAUACAGCGUCUCAACUCAUCUGGUCUGGCUGCAACCAGUCAAUGUAUUCGACGUGCCUCUGUAAGUUUGGAACGGAACGAAUUUAAGGAAAUUGUUCUACGAGUACAUGAUGGCAAAGCUCCUCGGAACUUCACACUUCGUGACAUCAAACUGUUUACACGUUUUUCAAAGGAUGGCAAGUGUACUGUUAAAAUUAUACCCGAUAACAUCCAGAUUUUAAUAUCAGACUGCCCUCCAGAUCAUCUAGCCACUUUUCUGAAGACUUUGAGCAUUAAACAUCUGGUAUGGAAGUCGAGCAAGCCUUUAACUGAUCGGGACAAAUUUCUCGCCGGUCUUCCGCGGAGUUUCGCCACAAUCAGUCCUCUUCAGCAGAAGGAUGUACAGAGAGCGAACAAUGUCAGGAACAGAGCCUGUGACCAGCAGCUCACCAGUCGUCCUGAGAGAACCAAUAAUGCGAUGAAUGAACGUCUACAAGUUAAGAGACCAAGAGCAGAUCAUGAUGAAAGUAUGAUUACGUCUCUCCACCCCAGCAAAAAGCACAUUUUUGCUUCUUCCUCAGGACGGAAACUCAGCAAAGAACAGUUAUCCGUCUUGGGUGCAGUCCUCGGCGGAAAGAAUGUCUUCUUCACUGGGAGUGCAGGUACCGGAAAAUCUUUCCUGUUGAAGAGGAUUGUGGGAUCCCUUCCUCCCAAAAGCACCUAUGCCACUGCAAGCACAGGUGUAGCGGCGUGUCAUAUUGGGGGAACAACACUACACAGCUUUGCAGGUAUCGGGUCGGGGUCAGGAUCUCUGGAGCACUGUCUUGAGUUGGCUCAGAGGCCUGGUGUUCUACAGAACUGGCUCGGCUGCAGGCACCUUAUCAUUGAUGAAAUAUCCAUGGUGGACGCCCAGUUCUUUGACAAGCUGGAGGCCAUUGCCAGGUCCAUCAGACGGUCCACGGAACCAUUUGGUGGCAUUCAGCUGAUCGUGUGUGGAGAUUUCCUCCAGCUACCACCGAUAAGUAAAGGAAAAGACAAACCAAGCUUUUGCUUCCAGGCAAGAUGUUGGAAGAAGUGCAUUCAGAUGAAUAUGGAGCUGACAGAGGUGCGCAGGCAGACAGACCAAGCUUUUAUCUCUCUGCUGCAGGCUGUGCGAGUGGGCAGGGUCACCAAAGAAAUCACUUGCAAGCUCGAGAUGAGUGCUGCCCACAACAUUGAGAGAGAUGGUAUCUUGGCAACCAGACUGUGCACACACAAAAAUGAUGUGGAACUUACUAAUGAGAACAAGCUCCAGCAAUUACCAGGUGCUUGUCGUCAAUUUGAGGCUGUCGAUAGCAACCCAAAAGCGUUAAGGACCCUUGACACCCAAAGUCAGAUUGAGAAUGUACUGCGACUAAAAGUAGGAGCACAGGUCAUGCUGACAAAGAAUUUGGAUGUUCAAAGAGGCCUCGUGAAUGGAGCUAGAGGGGUUGUAUUAGACUUUCCAUCUGCUAAUCAAGGUCUUCCACGUAUACAUUUCCUCUGUGGAGUGACAGAAGUGAUUAAACGGGAACGCUGGGUGUUUAAGGCCAGUGGAGGCCAACUUACAAGCAGACAGCAGCUGCCUCUUAAACUAGCCUGGGCCAUCUCCAUCCACAAAAGUCAAGGCAUGACUUUGGACUGUGUUGAGAUUUCCCUGGCUCGUGUGUUUGAGAGUGGUCAAGCGUAUGUAGCCUUGUCUCGUGCACGAAGCCUGGAGGGUUUGCGGGUGCUGGACUUUAACCCUAAUGUCGUAAAGGCCAACCAGGAUGUCUUGUUGUUCUACAAUAAGAUGACAAAAGAGAGACUGCUUUUGCAGUCGUCCAUGGAUGGUUUUUAUAACAAGGAGAAUCCCCCAAAAUGAGGACAGAAUCGUCAGCCUGAUCAUUACAUCCCUUUAUUUUUAAUGGACACUUACAAUUUUACCUCAACAUCAAACUGAUGCUCUUAAUAAAAGGUUUUGCAAUAAAAUGGGUGAAGAAUGUGAGCUUGUGUGUACAGUACGGAACACCCCGUGAAAAUGUAA